AUGGCUACAGGUGAAGGGAGUUCAAAAGACUCAGGAAAAGUUUCUAUUUUUGAUGAUACUGAAUAUGUCUUCUGGAAGAAAAGAAUGCAGAUAUAUGUAGGGUCCCUUGGGUAUGAUGUAUGGCAGUCAGUAGUAAAUGGUUAUACAGAACCAACCACUCCACUUACAGAUAAUGAGGCCAAGAAAGCUUAUGGAAACAAUCUCAGAGCAUUGAAUGCUAUCAUGUUAGGGUUGAGUAAAGAUGUCAUGGCUAAAGUGAUGGAUUGCAAUACAGCAAAAAAGGUCUGGGAUAGGUUGAAAAACAUCUAUAAAGGAGAUGCCAAAAUCAAGAAGGCUAAACUGCAGAUUUUUAGAGCACAAUUUGAGAGUCUUAAGAUGACUGAAGAAGAAGAUAUUGACAGCUACAUGGUCAGAGUUAAUGAAGUUGUGAACUCCAUCAGGGGAGUUGGAGAAACUCUUGAGAAUUCUGUGGUAUGUCAAAAGAUUCUUAGAUCUGUACUGCCUAGAUAUGAUUCCAAAGUCUCAACCAAUGAAGAAGCCAAAGACUUGGAUACAAUUACACUUGAUGAAGUAUAUGGCACACUCAAGACUUAUGAAAUGAGAACAGAAAAGGGCAAGUUAAUUGUCAAACAGGCAGCAUUCAAGGCAACAAAAAAAUUAAAGCUGAAGGAGCAAUUUGAGAGUGAAGAAGAGGAAGACAGUGAUGAUGAUGAGGUUAUAGUCCACUUCACUAGAAAGCUGAAAAAGGGGACAGGGAAGUAUAAAGACAAACUUCCAUUUAAGUGUUUCAACUGUGGUAAAGUUGGAAACUUUGCAUCCAAAUGUCCUCACAAGGGCAAAAUAGAAAGUGAUGAUGAUGAAGAAGAUAAAAGGAGCAAAGUCAAAGGAAAGAAGAAAUAUGUUUCCCAUAAGACCAAGAAAUUCAAGCCCAAGAAAAGAAGCUUUAUCUCCAAGAAGAGCAUUGACACAUCUAAGGAAGAAUUUGAGAAUGAUUCAGAUGAUGUUGACGAUCAUGCCAUGUUCAUGGUGUUUGAAGAAAAAGAGAAUGGUUCACCUAGAACAAGCAUAACCUCAGAAGAUGAAGAAGAAGGAGAGGUGGACUUUGAAGCUGAGUUGAGAUCUGCUCUCAAAGAGCUCAAGAAAGAAAGAAAGAAGUUGAAAAAGCAAGCAGAUGAAUCAAGAAAAAUUCUAGAAGAUCUUGAAGAGAAGUUAUCACAGAAAACUACAGAAUGCACAAACCUUGAAUCAAAAAAUCUAUCUCUGAAGGCUAAAUUAGAAGAAGAGUCCAAUAUCCUAGCUGAAUAUUCUGAUUUUCAGAAGGAGAUUGAUGCUCUCAAGGCAAAGGUAGCAGAGUUUGAGAAUGACUCAAGUAUACAUGACAUAGAAAUAUCUUCACAGGUGCAUCCUAGUAGUAAGAAGCUUGAUGAGAUCCUUAGUUCUCAGAGAUCAACUCACAAUAAAUUCGGUCUUAGAUUUGUAGGAGAAUCAUCAAAGAGUACAAAGGGAAAAGGAAAAGGCACAGCUCAGAAUCCCAUUACUGUGAAAGAUAAGAGAGUUGAGAAAGACCAAACUCCACCCCAUAAGGCUAACCAUAGAUCAUAUAAUAGAGAUAGACAGGGCAAUGCCAGAAGUAUUAAAGUAACCAAGCCUAAGAAACAGAUUCCUAGAGAGAAGCAACUACAGAAACCUCAAUCAAUAAACAGAGUUUGGGUUCAGAAGAGCAAUGCAGAAAAGGGCAAUAGUUCUAUGGUUGUGCAAACAGCUUUCAGAGCUCAAGGUGACUCAACACUAUGGAUUCUUGAUAGUGGCUGCUUAAGUCAUAUGACAGGAGACAAGAAGAGGUUUGAGAAGUUUGAGACCUAUGCAGGUGGGUCAAUGAAGUUUGGGAACAAUGAUGGUGCCAAAAUAGUUGGAAAGGGUACCAUUAGUCUCAACAAUGGGAAGGUGCAAUCCCAAGAUGUGUUGUAUGUGGAAGGACUUAAACACAACUUACUCAGUAUCAGUCAAAUCUGUGAUAGGGGACAUGAAGUGGUGUUCAAAUCUGAGAUAGGGGACAUGAAGUGGUGUUUAAUAGCCAGGGCUGUGAAAUUAGAAGAGCAAGCACAGGGAAGUUGA